AUGCCGCUCUUGGAAAACCAUCUAGAGCAGAUAAUGCUCUCGUCAAAUGCGAUUGCAGAGCUACCCUUUCCCCCGCCCCGGAUUUUUACGAACGCCCUCCUUGGUGCUCAUGACAUUACUGCUUUGAUUCGCGACACAGAAGCUCAUGAACGGGCUUUGUUCCAAAGCGACCCGUCUGCGAAGGCGAGUAGCGCGCAGAGAAGAGCCACAAGGCGAGCGACGCAAUUCAAGCCCGAGCUUGAAGCAGAGUCUAUGGCAAGCCGGAUCUACUCAGCUCGAAACAACAGAAAUCAGUCAGCUGUUGCUCGAGUUCUCGGCUCUGAUAUGAUGGAAGAGAUUAAACGUUCCGCUAAAACUUCAGGCAAUGGGCCUCGUGGCGAGGUUAACAUUGACGUUCUGCUUAGAGGUGCUGAGAUUCUUUGUAAUGUCUACCCUGUUGCUGGCGCCCAGGAUAAGAUCGCGAGUCUCCGUUAUCGCAACCGACACGUUUCAGAGUCAAUUGCAGAGCUGGAGGAGCGAGUAGCUAGGAAUACCGCAGAAUUGGAGAUCAUGAGCCGUUCGUAUGGUGACGACUACGAUGACUUCGAUAACGCUAGUCCUGUCAAUCCCGAAGUUACGGAUGUCACUGACGCCGACCUUGAUCGGGAAUUGGAGGAGAUACAGGAAUUGGAAAGGAAAAAACGGAGCUUGGAGGACCGCGUAAACGGAAUGGAGCGUGAUUUGGGUGGCUUACUCGGAUGA